AUGGGCAAGCUGGCGAAGAAGGUCCAGGGCGCCAUUCCGGUGGUGAGCCUGGUGUCCAAGCUCCUCACCCCCGAGGGCGGCAUCGGCGUGGAGACCCUCUCCUACAACGAGUACUGCAGGAUCAAGCUCGACGCCGCGGGGGGCACCGCGUACGGCGAGGCGCUCUCUGAACUCUGCGACGCCGGCAAGAAGGAGCCGAGGACGCUGCUGCUCCUGACCUGGAUGGUGUACGAGGGCGACGGGCUUUUGCCGGUGGACCAGGCGAUGAGCGCCGCGCGCAGGCUCGCGAGCACCGGUUUCGACUACGAGUACGAGAUCUACAAGUUCGAGCAGGCGCGGGACGAGGCUCUGGGCAGGAUGAGGCGGGGCGGGAGGGAGCGGACCAGGGACCAGGCGGGCGCGACGAAAGCCGCGGCCGCGGCGCUCGAGGUGUGCCUGGGCGGCGCCGACGGGUUGGACGACGCGGGGAAGGAGCGCGUCCGCGUCGUGGCGGAGGCGACCAUCUCGCCGGUGUAG